ACAAUGGAGGGACUAUAAAACUUAAAAGUUCUCGUUCCAUAUGUACUACUUCCCUAGCGGUCUCUGAAUUUAUAUUUCCCAUAUUUGCCGGAAUUCUGUCGUUACAAAGUCCCCUUUGGUAGACGGACAACUCUAAAUCUCAGGGUCCAAUGUCGUCGCCGGUCAUUCCCUUUGCCUUUUUUGUUGUCAUUGCUUCUCUAAUCUCCCCAUCACUGUCCCAAACAUGUUCGUCACAGAAAUUCACCAACAAAAAGGUUUACACUCGUUGUAGCGAUCUUCCGGCACUUAAAUCAUUCCUUCAUUGGAGAUAUGAUGCUGAAAAUUCCACUCUUUAUAUCGCAUUCGUCGCACCUCCCGAUAAACCCGAUGGAUGGAUUGCGUGGGCUAUUAAUCCCAACGAUGUUGGUAUGGUUGGGGCGCAAACUUUGUUUGCAUUCAAGAAUUCCAAAGGAGAAAUGGUGGUUAAGACGUAUGACAUUUCGAGUUAUUCUUCUAUUAAGGAGUCGUCAAAGUUGUGGUUCGAUGUUAAAGAGGCUGCGGCAGAGUUCUCCGGCGGAUUGAUGCGGUUGUUUGCAACGCUUGUGCUGCCAGAAAAGGGGAAAAUGACAUUGAAUCAUGUGUGGCAGGUGGGAGCCUCUGUUACCAAUGGUUUUCCCGCAAAGCAUAAUUUUCAACCAGCUAAUCUCAACUCCAAAGGAACCCUUGAUUUGUUGAGUGGAGAAAGCAAAACCGACGCUUCUGGAGAUUCUAAGGUCAAGAAAAAAAAUAUCCAUGGAAUCCUUAAUGCUAUUAGUUGGGGAAUGCUGUUUCCAAUUGGGAUCAUCAUUGCGAGGUACUUGAGGACUUUCCAGUCUGCUGAUCCAGCAUGGUUUUAUCUUCAUGUUUCCUUCCAAUGCUCUGCUUAUGUUAUUGGAGUUGCUGGCUGGGCAACUGGUCUUAAGCUUGGAAGUGAAUCAAAGGGCAUCACAUAUCAUGUCCAUCGUAAUAUUGGGAUUACACUUUUCUGUCUUGCUACAUUGCAGGUUUUUGCCUUGUUGUUGAGGCCGAAGAAGGACCAUAAGUACAGGCUUUACUGGAAUAUCUACCAUCACGGAGUUGGCUAUACAAUGCUUAUUCUCAGCUUGAUUAAUGUAUUCAAAGGUCUCGACAUACUAGAUCCAGCGACAAAGUGGAGGUCUGCAUAUAUUGUCAUACUAGUGGUGUUAGGAGUAAUCGCCUUAUUGUUGGAAGUGAUUACCUGGAUCGUUGUGUUGAGGAGGAAAUCUAACAAAUCCACUAAACCAUAUGACGGCUGACUUUCUCGAUGGGACCAGCGUAGGCUAGAAACUUUGACCUUCAUGAUUGGUUGCUACCGUUAUCACUGCCUAAAUAAGUCUCUCUCUAUAUUAGAAUUUGCGAGAAGCGAUUCUUUUAUUAUUAUCCCAUACCGCUUCUGUAUUCCUCAUUGUACAAUGGCUUCGAAAGAUCUCAUGCUUUGUAUAAAUACGUGACUUUGCCCCCUUCACUUACAGAACACACUUUGUUUAUGGUUUUAUGUCAAUUUAGAGCCUUUCUUA